CGACACGCAUGAAUGAGAAUGCAAUGCUAUGUUGUAGCUGUAAGAUACAGCCCUGCCCGAGCUGGUGAUUAAAGUUCAUGAACAGUGUGCUUUGGUCCUCUGUGGCAGCAACAGAAAACGAUGCCUCCAUUUCUGGCCACGUGUGUGAGCACCAUGGAGACCAGCAUGCUCACCACCAGCAUCACCAAGCACACACAAAAGUGGUUUUCUGCAGGAUAACCAACAUGGCAGCUGAUCGUUGAGGAUUAGGAGGAACAUGGUGAAGCUCAGCACCAGGGUGACCUUGAAGGAGUUGCGCUCGCCGCCUCCCAGUGGCAGGGCAAAGCUCACCAUGUCGGCCAAGAUGAGUAGAAUACUCGGAAGUAGUAGGGUGAUGAAGGGGUUCUGUUGCCUGAUCUUCAGCACUACCUGGACCAUGAAAACAUGGCGUCAGCAUGAGCAGCGAAAGGGCAGAUGAGGUCAUCAUCAACACUUGCUUCACCACCGUUCACACAGUGGGCGUGCACAAUGAUGGCAGACACCUCCGCUUCAUGCAUAAGGACGGCAGGUUCCCUGUGGUCUUCCAGAAGGUACCCAGAGACUGCAGCCCGUACUUACUGGACAUCUUCACCACUCUGGUGGAGAUCCGCUGGAGGGUGAUGCUCCUGGUCUUCUCACUGUCCUACAUUGUCUCCUGGCUCUUUUUUGGCCUGUGCUACUGGUUCAUUGCGUUUGUACACGGUGACAACAUCGAUGACGCAGCUGGAAAUCCCUGCGUGGUGAACGUCUAUGGCUUCACCUCAGCGUUUCUCUUCUCCAUGGAGACCCAGGCGACCAUCGGUUACGGCUUCAGGGGCAUGACGGAGACCUGCAUGGGGGCCAUCAUCGUGGUGACAGCUCAGGAUGUCUUUAGUUGCCUCCUGGACACGAUAAUCAUCGGUAUUGUCAUCGCUAAAAUGGCGUCUGCCCGCAAGAGGGCUCAGACGGUUGGCUUCAGCAGGUUAGCGGUGGUCAACCUGCGGGAUGGGGUGCUGUGUCUGUCUUGGCGCAUCGGGGACUUCAGAGGGAAUCACAUCCUGGAAGGCGUCGCCCGAGCUCAGCUAGUGCGCUAUUCCCAACAAUUUGAAGGACCUGUGGCGAUAUCAUACCAGGAUCUGGAAAUCCACAACCGGAAUUUAGUCCUCGCCACGCCCGCCACAGUGGUACACAAGCUAGAACCGGGCAGCCCUCUCUACAACCUGAGUCCUGAUGGCCUUUUGGAAGAUGACUUUGAGCUUGUGGUGUCCUUCACCUACACAGGUGACUCCACAGGUAUGCUCCAUCAGACACGGACCUCCUACACGCCCACCGACAUUCACUGGGGACAGCGUUUCCGGGACAUGCUGAAAGUGGGAAGGAAGUGCUACAAAGUGGACUACGCUCUGUUUAAUGAGACCACGUGGGUGACGACGCCCUUGCUUAGUGCGGAGCAGUAUGACAGGGGGAGGAGUCAGCCAGGCCUUUCAAUGCCGGUUAAGAGAAACUGCUGCUGUACAGAAGAGGUGAUGCAGCAAACAUUUUUUUAG